CCCCCGCCCCGGGCGGAGUCAGACUCAGUCUUAGCCGCUCGGAGGUGCCGGGAGCCUCACGCCGGUGUGACUCUAGGAUUUCGCCGGCUCCCCGCCGUAAGAGACAGCGUUGCCGGGCCGGCCGGUGGAAGUCGCGGCCGCCCGCCCGCCGGCCCUCGGCCCUGCCGUGCCCCCGCAGGCAGUUUCCGGCGUCCCCGACCGGAAGCGGGCGAUCGAGGCGGCGCGAUCAUGGCGGCCAUGACGGACCUGCCGGACUCCGUCCUCCUGGAGAUCUUCGCUUACCUCCCGGUCCGGGACCGGAUCCGCAUCUCCAGGGUCUGCCACCACUGGAAGCGCCUGGUGGACGACCGCUGCCUGUGGCGACACGUGGACCUGACGCUCUACACGAUGCGGCCCAAGGUCAUGUGGCAUCUGCUCCGCCGCUACAUGGCCAGCCGGCUCUACUCCCUGCGGAUGGGCGGCUACCUCUUCUCGGGCUCCCAGGCCCCCCAGCUGUCCCCCGCCCUGCUGCGGGCCCUGGGCGACAAGUGCCCCAACCUGAAGCGCCUGUGCCUGCACGUGGCGGACCUGAGCGCGGUGCCCAUCACCAGCCUGCCGCCCACGCUGCAGACCCUGGAGCUGCACAGCUGCGAGAUCUCCAUGGUCUGGCUGCUGCGCGAGCAGGACCCGCGUGUGCUGCCGCGGCUUGAGUGCCUGGUACUGGACCGCGUGCCCGCCUUCCGCGACGAGCACCUGCAGGGCCUGCCGCGCUUCCGCGCCCUGCGUUCGCUGGUGCUGGGCGGAACCUACCGCGUGACCGAGACCGGCCUGGACGCCAGCCUGCAGCAGCUGAGCUACCUGCAGAGGCUCGAGGUGCUGGGCUGCACCCUGCCGGCCGACAGCACCCUGCGGGCCAUCAGCCGCCACCUGCGGGGCGUGCGCAAGCUCCGCCUGACAGUGGGGGGCCUCUCGGCGGCCGGGCUGGCCCUGCUGGAGGGGAUGCCCGCGCUGGAGAGCCUGUGCCUGCAGGGCCCCCUCAUCACCCCCGACAUGCCCUCUCCAGCCCAGAUCAUCGCCUCCUGCCUGACCAUGCCCAGGCUGCGUGCCCUCGAGCUGCAGGGGCUGGGCUGGGAGGGCCAGGAGGCCGAGCGGGUCCUGUGCCAGGGGCUGCCCCACUGCGUGGUCAUCGUCAGGCCCUGCCCCAAAGAGUCCCUGGACUGGUGGAUGUGACCGGUUCCAGGCCCCGGGCCCCAUCCCGGUGACCGUUAUGGAGCCCCAGGCCCUCGCCACGGUGACGCGGGAAGCUCCUGGGGCUCCAGGGCUCUGGGUAGAGAAAACCAGGGCCUGAGGACCCUGGAUGCCACCAACUGUAGCUGGCCAGCCGUGCGGCCUUCGGCUCGGCCUGCUGUGACUGUGCAGGUCCAUCUAGAAAUGGCAAAGGCCAGAGCCCUCCCCGGGGACCGCAGUGCCUUACACCCCUCAGCCCGGGCCCCAGGACGGCACCCUCGGCCUUGUAGAUGAGGAUGGGCGGCUCCAGGGCCGGCAGGACAGGUUGACUGGGCCCCCGGGUGCCGUUUACCCAGUACACACGGGCUGGGGCUAACCGAGGUGUUCUAAAGGUGCUCAGAUGUAUUUUCUGAAUUUUGUAUUCUGCCUUUUUCAGGUUUGUCACAGUGUAUAUUAUUUUGCUGUUAAAUAACAAUCAUUUUUCAAAAAAGCAUUGAGUGUAUUGGCUCCACACUCCCCCCGCCC